AUGGAAAUGAAGGGUUUGUAUCUUAGGCAAGCAAGACUUCGAAGGACAAAUGGAAGAAAGCAGCAAGCAGGGUUUGAGCCCUAUAUUGCUAAUAAACAGUUGGAGGAACUGAAGCUUGCACGAAGCGAAGUAUUGACUCUUGAAGAAGGUGAGCCUCAAUUCCAUAAUCCAAUUUGGUUGGAGGGCAGCAGAGGAGCAGUGGGAGCCUUUUUGAAUGAAGAUGAGAAUUUAGGUUUGUUCACACACUCAAGCCAAUUAGAGGAGCAAAGUUUUGCUUUUUUGGCUAUGAGUGCAAGAUUGAUUCCUAAGGCUUCAUCAGGGUGUGGAGCCCUUCGUACCAUUCGAGAUAGCAAAGUAGAAGUGUACCAUGCUGAAAGCAAGUUGUCCUCAAGGCUGCAUAGACGGUUGAAAGGAAUGUAUGGGUACACUACAGAGCUGUGCACGGAAGGAUGGACUAUCCUCCCACCACCACCGCCACCGCCGCCGCCGCCACCACUCGUCUCUUCACAAGCCCACCACCGCCGACAAGACCCCCAACCCCACCAAUCACAACCUCCACCACCGUCUCAUCCCUUCUGCAUUUUGCUCUUCCCCCAACCCCAACCCCAACCCCAACCCCAACCCCAACCACCUCUCUACACAGCUCAACCCUUGCCCAAUCUCGCCCCUAGACUCCCAGCCAAUUCAAUCCACUCUCAAUUGGCCACCAGACCCCAGCAUGACCCAUCUCAGGGUAUUCUCUACCCAGUCGCCUCCUCUGGCCGCGGAUUUCUCCCCAAGACUAUUCGCCCCCAAUCCGCCGAUCAUACGGUCACGGUUGCCAAUCCUGGUGGAUUUCCGCCUCGCCCUGUGCUUGUUGCUGCGUACCCACAUCCUCACCAAGUUCGCCCUUUUGGGGACCCUCAUGCUCAGUCUGUGCACCUGAUCAGGCCCACUCACUUGCACAACACUCUUUUGGGUUCCACUGGUGGCGUCAUGUCCGGCAUGGUCAAGGGCGUCCCUGUCUCUGCCCAACAAAAGGUUGCUGCAUCUCAACCUUCAAUUUCUGAUUGUAAUGGCUACAAGGACCUGAGGGACAGAAGUAGGGAUGACAGUAUUGCGACUGUUAGUGAUCGGAAAGUUAGGAUCUGUGACAGUUCUUCUCUUUAUGCCCUCUGCCGGUCGUGGUUGAGGAAUGGUUUUCCUGAAGAAAAUCAGCCACAAUAUGUGGAUGGUGUGAAAUCGCUUCCAAAACCUUCACCUGCACUUGUGGCUGACUGUCAUUCGCCAGUGAAAAAGGAAGGUGAUAAACAAGAUGAGGAGGAGGAAUGUGUUGAGCAUUUAUCUCCAACCGACCUGUUACACAGACAUGUCAAGCGUGCUAAAAAGGUUCGAGGCCGAUUAAGGGAAGAACGGCUACAACGAAUUGCAAGGUACAAAACUAGGCUUGCUCUGCUCUUACCCCCACUUAUAGAGCAACAACCAUUCAGAAAUGACGCAGCUGCUGGGAACUGACCUAAAACUUGUAUGAUCUGUGACAUUGUUGCUGAUAUUGGGCUCCCUCGUCGAACAUUGUGCUGAAAUUAAUAGAUUCAUGAUUGUUGUUCUUUCAAUGCUGGAGUGAGAAAUAGUAGGAGUCAAUUUUGGUGGCGUAAUGUUAUUGAAAAGCUGGUGGAUUAGAGUGAGUGAAACAAAUGCUGUAUCAAUUCAUUUGGCUUUGUUCUUGAACAAUGUAGCUGUAGAUUGUUUAGUUAGCUUUGUCCUUAAGACGGGCCUCAAGAUGGAAUGGAAUAUGUUUUGAAAUUCUAUUUUGAUAAAGAAACUUUGUGAAGAAAUCGGUUUUUUUGGCUCGUCUGAAAUUUGACCUGAAUUUUAAUGACAGGAAGUUGAUAUGCU